AUGGCCGAGGUGAAGAACCUCACGUGGGCGGUGGAGGACGUUUUCAAGGACACCUUUCUCAGCUACAUGAACGGCUGGAGGAGGAACAUGACGGAGGCGGCGACCAAGCUGCAGGCCCAGGUGGCGGCCGAGAACUUCGACUACGUCAUCCUGUACCUGAUGGUGAUGAUCGGGAUGUUCUCCUUCAUCAUCGUGGCCAUCCUGGUGAGCACCGUGAAGUCCAAGAGGAGGGAGCACUCCAACGACCCCUAUCACCAGUACAUCGUGGAGGACUGGGGAGAGAAGUACAAGAACCAGGUGCUGAUCCAUGAAAAUCCGGGAGCGAGGGAUAAAACGAGCCCCGAGUCGCCCUGAGUUUCGGGAAACGACGGCGGUGAGGAAAUCAGGGAGUCACACACUGGGAACCCACUGGCAUUAUGAAAACCUGGGAAACUGUUCGUUAAAUUAACACACAGGUCGAGGUAUAACGGAGGAAACCAACUCUACUGGUUCCCAUCGACCUUACUGGUUCCCAUCCACCUUACUGGUUCCCAAUCCACCUUACUGGUUCCCAAUCAAUCUUACUGGUUCCCAUCAACCUGACUGGUUCCCAAUUCACCUUACUGGUUCCCAACCCACUCUACUGGUUCCCAGUCCACCUUACUGGUUCCCAUCCACCUUACUGGUUCCCAUCCACCUUACUGGUUCCCAUCAACCUGACUGGUUCCCAUCAACCUUACUGGUUCCCAAUCCACCUUACUGGUUCCCAUCCACCUUACUGGUUCCCAAUCAGUCUUACUGGUUCCCAGUUCACCUUACUGGUUCCCAAUCAGUCUUACUGGUUCCCAGUCCACUUUACUGGUUCCCAACCCACCUUACUGGUUCCCAUCAACCUUACUGGUUCCCAAUUCACCUUACUGGUUCCAAAUCAGUCUUACUGGUUCCCAUCAACCUUACUGGUUUCCAAUCAGUCUUACUGGUUCCCAUCCACCUUACUGGUUCCCAGUCCACCUUACUGGUUCCCAUCAACCUUACUGGUCCCAAUCCACCUUACUGGUUCCCAACCAGUCUUACUGGUUCCCAGUCCACCUUACUGGUUCCCAUGAGGACCUUGGCACAGCCCCUUGUGAAAUUCCCAGGAAAAAAUGUCUGUUUGUGCUUCGCUCUGAGAUUUUCUGUUCUUCGGGAAAAUAAAACCAA